AGCUACUUUCCCACGACUGGGGUUGUUCGUCUGGAAGGAAGGCUGGCGGGAAUCUCGCGAUACUUAGACUUUACUAGAGAGUUGAUGGAAGAUGGCGCCUGUUGUGACGGGGAAAUUUGGGGAGCUUCCUCAGCCAAAGCGCCUUACUAGAGAGGCGAUGCGUAAUUACUUGAAGGAGAGAGGAGAUCAGACGGUGCUGAUUCUACACGCAAAAGUUGCACAGAAAUCGUACGGAAAUGAAAAGAGGUUCUUCUGCCCGCCGCCGUGUGUGUACCUGAUGGGCUGCGGCUGGAAGAAGAAGAAGGAGCAGAUGGAGAGAGAUGGCUGCUCGGAGCAGGAGGCACAACCCUGCGCCUUUAUCGGGAUCGGAAACAGCGAGCAAGAAAUGCAGCAGCUCAACCUGGAGGGCAAGAACUUCUGCACAGCCAAAACGUUGUACAUAUCCGACUCAGACAAGAGGAAGCACUUCAUGCUGUCGGUGAAGAUGUUCUACGGGAACAGCGCAGAAAUUGGCGUCUUCCUCAGCAAACGCAUCAAAGUCAUCUCCAAACCUUCCAAGAAGAAACAGUCUCUGAAGAACGCAGACUUGUGCAUAGCAUCGGGCACUAAAGUGGCUCUGUUUAAUCGGUUACGCUCUCAGACAGUCAGCACUCGAUACCUCCAUGUUGAGGGAGGAAACUUCCACGCUAGCUCUCAGCAGUGGGGAGCCUUUUACAUCCACCUGUUGGAUGAUGACGAGUCGGAGGGUGAGGAGUUUACAGUGAGAGACGGAUACAUCCACUACGGUCAGACCGUUAAACUGGUGUGUUCUGUCACAGGCAUGGCUUUACCGCGUCUGGUAAUCCGUAAGGUGGAUAAGCAGACGGCGCUGAUGGACGCAGAUGAUCCUGUAUCUCAGCUUCACAAGUGUGCAUUUUACCUGAAGGACACAGAGCGCAUGUACCUGUGCCUCUCUCAGGAACGCAUCAUCCAGUUCCAGGCGACACCGUGCCCCAAAGAGACGAACAAAGAGAUGAUUAAUGAUGGCGCGUCGUGGACGAUCAUCAGCACUGAUAAAGCCGAGUACACUUUCUACGAGGGCAUGGGCCCUGUCACACACCCCGUCACACCUGUACCUGUGGUUGAGAGUUUACAGCUAAACGGAGGGGGCGAUGUAGCCAUGCUGGAGCUGACUGGACAGAACUUUACUUCAAACCUCAGAGUGUGGUUCGGUGACGUGGAGGCGGACACCAUGUACAGGUGUGGCGAGAGUGUUCUCUGCGUGGUUCCUGAUAUCUCUGCGUUCCGUGAGGGAUGGCGCUGGGUCCGGCAGCCCGUCCAGGUUCCGGUCACUCUGGUGCGCAACGACGGUAUCAUCUACUCCACGGCACUCACCUUCACCUACACACCUGAGCCAGGGCCACGCCCACAUUGUAGUGCUGCAGGAGCCAUCCUGCGAUCAGGCUCCGCCUCCUCGCCCUCCUCAUCCUCCUCUUUGUCGUCUUCAUCGAGCCUUAUGCUGCAGUCGAGGAUCGACAGUCAGGCUGGAUUCCCUACAACCGGCGGCGUUACAUCAUCGUCCUCUUCCUCCGCGGCCAUGUCCGUGUCCUAAUCUGUGUGCGCGUGUGUGUGUGUGCGCGCAUGGUGCUGAAGGGCAAAAUUAAAACGCCACCUUUCGGAUUCUCCAAUAAAGGACAACUAUGUUGCAGAACGGACGAAAUUCCGAGAGGAAAAUCAAACUGAAGACCAGCUCUUUUUCUCAGAAGUUCACGGAAAUAAAACGAAACUGAUCAUGGCUUUGCCAAACCCUAAAAAAAAACACACAAGUGAAGAAAAUUCUUCCUUUCCUCCGUCAGAAAGGGCUCCGCUGCAUCUACGUGGAAGAAAAAAAAAGUUAUCACAUAGUAAUAUAGUUUUCAAGGACCAAGGAAUAUUAUUAUUAUUAUUAUUAUUAUUAUUAUUAUUUUUUAUUGAUGUAUAAUUUUAUAAGCUUUAGCUAAGGUACAUUUUUCACUUUUUUUUUUCUUUUAAAUCCUUUCUCGGUUUUAUAACAUUUUAGUAACCUUUUUGUUACCAAAUAGUUUUGUAUAUUUCUCAUGAGCAUUUGUGCUCGGAAGUGUAAAAAAAAAAAGGAAAAAGAAGACGGCGUCACGCGGUUUUAAUCGCCUGAGCUCGUUCUCAUAGCUGCCUUUUAAUCCUCUUUGGCGACUGCCUUAAAUUUUCUGGACUUGUACCAGCGUUUUUAUCUUUUUUCUUUCUUUUUUUUUGUAAUACUGUUUUUACAUCGUCUAUUUGCCCUGUUUUUUUGUUUCCUAAACUGAAGUGUAAUAUUGUGUGUGAGAUUUGGGAGAAGGCGGCUUUACUCGUGGGGUUUUUUUUUUUCCUUUUUUUUUUUUUUUUUCUUCUUACACACACACACGAAAGCUUUAACUGACUCAUGCUGCCAUCGAGUGAUCAUCCGAGCAUUUACAGACAGCCCCAGUCAUUUGUGCCCCUUCUUAUAGGAUUAACAAAAAAUCACCUUCCCACAAAUAACAGUUGAGUAAAGCACUUAAACCUCUCGACCCCAACGCUUUUACUAAAUCCGGCUCUGAUUAUAUUCUUAAAAAUGAGUCCGCGAUCGUAUCAGAGCUUCCGUGGCGCAGUAUGGAGACUGAUAUACUCAACACCAAGGUGGUUUACUCUUUCUCUCCCAAACGCCCCCCCGCCCACGCUCUAGCUAACGGUCAUCUCGCGAUGCUGAUUAUCAAGUCCGGAACUCAUGAAAGCAAAACCGCUCGAGUCCAGAACUCGAAAAUGCAGCACAAGUCGGAUCUGGAUUUUGGAUUUGGUUCGACUAUUUCAAGCCCAGAGCUCGCUAACGCAAAGCCGCUCGAGUCCAAGAUUGGGUGGGGGUGGGGAGGUUCAUAACGACCAACAUGCAAAAUAGGUCGAGUCUAAGGCACACGGAACACUUGAAGGCCAGCAGGAGUUGAUCGAGCUCGAGGCUGGAGUCUGGAAUUGUCAAAUGGAUUAGGUUCAAACUAAAGAAAGGUGAAACGGGCGCAGCUCAGAUUUCAACUGUUAAACAGAUUUAGUCCAGAACUCAGCAACGCUUUGUCACAGGGUUUAGUUUCAAAUCUCAGAAAUCCAGUCUGAGUCUGUGAUUCUGAAUACGCCAAAACCCAGACCAUCCUAAAGCAGCCUGGGCCAGAACAUUAUUUAGAUUCAAACCUUUAGAUUCAAACCUUCUGAAAAAGUGCAGUUGAGGUUUGCUCACUGUGAAACAGAAGCCAGUACUGUAAAACAGAUCCGGGAGACCGUAACACAAACCAGGUGGAGUCCAGUCUCCAAACUCGCUGGAAGCUGGAGCACGUCUGGUCCAAAACCAGGAGCCCUGAGAUGGGAAGCAGGUCGAUCCUGAAGCCGGCGUUUAGUCUCGAAACCUGUCGCUUUUAGGAUCACGCGAGCGGAAAGAAAGAGAGCGUCGUGUCUGAGUGAAGCGUGAAGUAUUUUAGAGCCUUGGAUGAGAAUUUCCAACACGAGCAUCGUUUUUCUGCAGAAUGGGUGGGUUGAUCCUCGGCCUUUAUUUAUUUACGGACAGGUUGGUUUGAACACGACUGGAAGACUGAGGUGUAAAGACUCGGAUCAAAUCGAGUCCCAGAGUGUCUCCUGCUCUUCUUUUUUCAUUUUGUUGAAUGUGUUUUUUGUUUUCAGGACAAUUAGAUUUGGUGUGUUUGGUCGUGUGUAGGAAGGUAGCCCCCUGCGCGUGAGGGAUCUUCAUCACCUACGAACUGAAAAAUGCGUCCAGAAUCUCUGCACUUUGUUGAUUUUAUCUUUCUUCCUGUUCCACGUUUAUUUUCCCCCCCUCCUCCAUCAUGAAAGAUCGUUUUCCUGGCAGCUGAAACGAACCCUUUGUGCCUACGAGAAAUCUCCCACCCCCGUCUCGUCACCGCGCUCAAACCCAGCGGUCAACGUUUUUGAAGGUCAUGAUCUUUUCAGUGUUAUUGCUUUAUUAGGCUGUGCUCCAGUAGCGUUCCUGACACGCCCUCGUCCAUUAGCACUUCCCCCGAGAUGGGCUCCUGGGGAGUUCUCCGCAAAUAUAGCGGCAUGUCUCUUCACGAGUUCUUUCUUUGAAUACCUGAGAUCAACUGACGUGGCUCCUGCUCUGUUAGAACGAGAGCCUCCGGCCACGAUCGGUGUUUAUCGAUAGAAACCGAAGAACUUUAGAAGCAGCUCUGGGUAGAAGUUCUCGUGAAGCGUAAACGGGGCAGCAGAACAUUUCAAAGCUAACGUUUUAUUCCUCGAACACCUCGCGUGCAACUUCACAAGGCUUGCUAAUGAUCAAACUAGCACGUUCGCUCGACAAGGGCGUGUUUAAAACGGCGCCGGAGCACAGCGAGAGUCUUCCGAAGAUAGAUCUUCCCUCAGAGCCUUUUUUUAAAAUAUAUAUAUAAAUGAAAGGAAUAACCCGGCGAAGGAUCGAGCGUAGACGAUUAGCAACAGGUUGUUUGCUGUUUAGUUUUGCUAACAUUAUCUCGCGCGAAGUCUUUCCGUCCACGAACAAAUCUUCCGAUAGUCAUUUCAAGCGUCAUCGAUAAGCUCCGUGAUGUUUUUUUUUAACAUAAACAAAUUUCUGAAUAUUAUCAUAUUAUCAGCCGGUAAAUAUUAGGAGGUGGAGCCUAUGAGGUAUCUAGGAACGCGUUGAGAACGGCAGCCUCGGCAGUAACGUUCCAGCUUGUGACUUUCGGCUCGUGUUUAUAGAUGACGGGGAGUCCCACCGCGUCCUAAACCGUGUCAGCAGACCGGUCUAAAGAACUGGGCGUGGUCAGAGGCUGGAGAGUGACCCGUUCGUUCCGUUAGUUAGUUUAGUCACGGGUACUUCCCGAACUGAGAACGUGUAGGUCGAAGGAGACUGAUGAAGGUUUUCAAGGUCAUGCUGAUGUGUCUUAUUUAACGAGCUGAUUUAUUUUUCACUCGUGCCACUGUACUUUGCCUUAACGCUGAAAAAUAAGCAAAACAGUUCUCUGAUGAAAUGCCGUUAAACGUCCUUUGCCAAAAUCUUGCCACUUAGACGAGAGCUCACGCGUGUCAAACAUCUCGUAUCAGUCUUAAACGUUAAUUGUGUGUGUGUGGGGGUGGGGGUGGGUGGGUGGGGGAUUGCAGACUGUUUGUGCUCUUUCCACUCGGGACGUUAUGAGUGCUAGCGCUCUGAAGGGCCAGUGCUUCUGUAGCCUCACUGAAAUACUGUAACGGAUGCAAUACACUUCAUUACACAUCGGCGUAAUCCCAGGCUGUGUUCCUUUUCUCAAACCUACGUCAAGGUCACGACGACGGUUAGAAGAGGGAUCGAGUCGACGUCAGUGGAGCAAUAAAAUACUUAACAGAUGA